UACAGAGAUCAGAUUCUCUCUUCAGAGACCUGCACAGCAUCAACACCAAAUAAUGGCACCUUCAAUCACUGCAGUGAUAACUAACUCUCAGGAGCAUCUGACUCUGAACCACAAGCUCAGAAAGCCUCUGGUGGAAAAGUUACGCAGAGAGCGAAUCAACAGCAGCAUCGAGCAGCUCAAGUCUCUCCUGGGUCCAGAGCUCCUCAAACAGCAGCCAGAGUCCAAGCUGGAGAAAGCAGAAAUCCUGGAGAUGACAGUUUGCUUCCUGACCAAGCUUCUGCAGCAGCACCAGCAACAGAGACGACAGCUCAACCGUCUCAAAAGCACUAAGGCUUGUUUUGAUGACAACCUGACCAAGACUGAAAUCUCUCUGAGCUCCACAGUUCAGAGCACCACAGGCGAGGAUCCAGAUUGUGAAGUUCUGUGGAGGCCUUGGUAGAAACCUACUGAUUGUAGAUGCUACUAGUUCACAUUGGUCAAACGUGACUAUACUUAGAAACAGAGAGGAUUUUUAAAAUUCUUUUUAAACAGAGUUUUUAUUACGUAUGCACAUUUUGUUGCAUUUGUUUUUAUUAUAUUUCCAGCAGAAAUUGCUUCAGCAUCUUUUGUGUUGAGAAGGAAAAUAAUCUUAUGCAUGUUGUAAGAAAUUUUAUAGAUUGAAUUGCAAUCUGUUUUUACUGUACCUUAGGGCAAAUAAUAAUAAUACUGAUAACAUUUAUCAUGUUCUGUACAGUAACAAUACCAUAUUGGUCAAGAUUACUGAACUAAAUUGUGAAAUUUUAAGAACUUGAUCUUCUGUUUGUGCAGAAAAAUUGCUUCUAUAUGAGAAGCCUCAUGAUUCAUUUUCUUUCAGUGCAAGAUAUAAUAUUUUUAGGGAAUAACAUGAAGAGUUUUGGUGCAAAUAACACUAUUACCUUAGUGUUAUUUGACUGUAACACUAAGGUAACAACUGCUGUAGUUUGAUUUCUGUUGCUGUGAUGACAAUUAUUUUGAAGGUCGCGUUUUCUAUUUGACUUUUAAUCUCUUUGAUUACGCCUAAUGACAACACUUUACUUCUUAAAAAUGUGAUGAUAACACAAUUUUAUGAAUUGUAUUUUCUUUUCUGUGGUUGAUGCAGUGGACACUUUGAUCAUAUUUGAUCAGAUAUCAAAAAUGUUCUUUUUCUAAAGAUUUUGUUAUCACUGUGGGAUUACAGCAACAUGAUCUAUUUUAAGAUCAGUUUAUUUUUUUAACUGUUUCAUGUUGAACAUUUUUGUGCUGAUAAUAAUUGCCUCAUCAAAUAGUGGCUUUAAAUAUUGAUGUGAUCAGUUUAGGUCAGAAAGAAGAUGUCAAUCUUCUCUUUAAAAAUUAUAGAGCUUUUUUUCACACAACGUAAAAAAAGUGUUUUUAUGCUUCAAAGAAUAGGGAGUUCUUUAAGUUGUUUAUCUUUUAUAAAGAUGUUGUUCCUUUACUCUCACUGAGUACACUGUCUUGUAGAAAUUUACAAGUUGAUGUUUGAUGUUUCAUCAGAUUUGUAUGGAGUUUCACAACUUUGUGUGGUUGAGGUAAUAAACACAACCAAA